AAAGCAGGAGUCAUCACAACAGUUAUUUCUUUAGCUGUAAGUACACCCUUUAUCCAUAUGAGCUUCAUUUAUCAGAAAAUCUUCUAUGUUGCCAAUCACAAAAAACGUGUUUAUUAAAGAUUGUAUGGAAUUUUUUCUAGGAAGGAAUAGCCAUUGGACGGAGUUUUGCCAUCAUUAGAAAUGAACAAGUUGAUGGCAACAAGGAAAUGAUUGCCAUUGGCCUCAUGAACAUUUUUGGAUCUUUUGCUUCAUGCUACUUGACCACCGGGUCAUUUUCUAGAACAUUCAACGCCAGAUACAAGACAGCAAUGUCAAACGUGGUAAUGUCAAUAUGCAUGAUGCUAACGUUGUUGUUCUUGGCUCCUCUCUUUAGUUACACGCCCAUUGUCUCUCUCUCCGCGAUCAUCAUGUCUGCAAUGCUUGGGUUAAUUGACUAUGACAAGGCCUACCACCUCUUCAAGACCGAUAAGUUUGAUUUCUGCAUUUGUAUGACUGCUUUUUUUGGGGUUGCCUUCAUAAGCAUGGACAUCGGCUUAAUGUUAUUUGUUGGACUUGCCUCAAUAAGAGCACUUCUAUAUGUAGCAAGGCCAACAACUUGUAAGCUUGGAAGCAUACUAGAAGCUGGACAGUAUCGUGACAUAGAGCAAUAUCCUGCUGCAAAUGGCAUCCCAGGAAUUUUAAUUCUCAAGUUUUCUUCUCUUAUAUACUUUGCAAAUUGCAAUUACAUCAGAGAAAGGAUUCUUAGAUGGAUCAGAGAUGAGCAUUCACUUACCGAUUCUAAAGGAAAUGAAAUUGAAUACUUGUUACUAGAAUUAGGAGAUGGUUUUGGUUAA